AGAAGGAUACAAGGUCAGGAGAAAGACACCAAAACAAGCGUACAGGGCGUGCACAAACACUUUGGAGAUCUUUGUCGAUUAGAAUGCAGCAAGCACUUGGUAGGCAAGCUGGAAGCUCAGACACCAUCGUUCUGCGCAUUAGCACAUCAGAGAUCAGGCGUGAAGGCCCUGCAAGACUCACGGACGAGGAUGACGCCAAGAGGCGUCUGGGAUUGUACCUCAAGACGAACAAGAGCAGGAGGUUCUCGAACAUCGAGUGCUCGGACGGGAUGAGAGGCCUCUCCUUCAGCCCUGUGAGGAGGAAUAAGCCGCCACCCAUAAGCUCGCAGAAGCUUUUCUUGGAGGCAACGACGGAUAGCGAGGAGGACACGGAUACUGAGGAUCAGGAUGGGCUUCUCCAACGAGGGAGAGAGCAGGGUCGAUCGAUGCGGAACCACUCGAUCCACGACUUCAGGAGCAUGUACUGCUCGAGCCCCAUGGGUUUUGCGCGAGGGGAGCGACCAAACAAGACCAAGAUUCCAGAGUGCGAGGAGGAAUCGGACAUGUUCAUGAGCAAGCGACGGGUGCUGGAUGGGGGGGAAGGAAAGACCAUCCCGAUGCCCAUGAACGACGUGACAGUGUUGAUGCAAAACUUCGAGGCCCUUGGAUAACUUGUACAUUACCAUCUUGUUGAUUCACCCCCCCUCUCUUGUAAUUAAAGAAACUUAAAACUUCUG